GCGGGGGCCAUGGGCACCACGGCGGGCGGUGCCGGCGGGGCCCUGCGGCUGCCCGGGCUGCACGGCUACGCGGCGGAGUUCUCGCCCUACUGGCCGGGGCGAGUGGCCUGCGCCGCCGCGCAGUACUACGGCAUGGCAGGUUGUGGAACUCUGGCAGUACUGGAACAAAAUGAAGCUGGGAUUGUUCUGCUCAGGAGUUUCGACUGGAAUGAUGGCCUGUUUGAUGUGACCUGGAGUGAGAAUAAUGAACAUGUGUUGAUCACCUGUAGUGGAGAUGGAUCUCUGCAAAUCUGGGAUGCAGCUAAAACCAAAGGUCCACUGCAAGUCUAUAAAGAGCACACUCUGGAGGCAUAUAGUGUUGACUGGAGCCAAACUAGAGGAGAGCAGCUAGUGGUGUCUGGUUCAUGGGAUCAAACAGCCAAGCUGUGGGAUCCAGCUGUGGGGAAGUCAUUAUGCACUUUCAAAGGCCACGAAGGGGUCAUUUACAGCACUAUAUGGUCUCCACACAUCCCAGGUUGUUUUGCAUCUGCCUCAGGUGAUCAGACUUUAAGAAUUUGGGAUGUGAAAGCCCCAGGAGUCAAACUUGUGAUACCUGCCCACCAGGCUGAGAUCUUGAGCUGUGACUGGUGCAAAUAUGAUGAGAACUUGCUGGUAACUGGUGCAGUUGACUGUAGCUUAAAAGGCUGGGAUUUGCGGAACAUCCGGCAACCAGUGUUCGUCUUGCUGGGUCAUACCUAUGCUAUCAGAAGAGUAAAAUUUUCACCGUUCCAUGCAACCUUAUUGGCCUCUUGCUCCUAUGAUUUUACUGUAAGAUUCUGGGACUUUUCCAAGCCUAAUCCUUUGCUGGAAACAGUUGAGCAUCAUACUGAAUUUACAUGUGGACUGGAUUUAAGUCUUCACAACCGUGGUCAGGUGGUGGACUGUGCUUGGGAUGAACUAGUCAAGAUCUAUACUCCGUCGUGUCUGGCAGUUGCUGUUUAGAGGAAAAGUGAAGAUGAUCUGACACACCAGGAACCUUUCUCUUUAUCCCCACAACCAGACUUGUGCUAAAGUGUCAACUGUGUCACUAAUCUUAGUGUCUCUUUUUAAGUAAAACUGCUUGAAUGAAGUGUUGUGCACUUAAACGUGGAGAUUUUAGGGCUUGGUUUACUGUAUGGGUAGUACUUGAACUAGCAAAAUGUUCAACAACCACUGAAUGGCUGAAGAGUGGCCAUAGCAGAUAGGAGUGGUGUCUUUAGAGUCAAAUCACCAACACAACUUUGUGAUCUUUAUGGCUAAUGAUGAGAGCAGAGGCCUGAAUCUUUUUGUUCCUUAUAGAGAGUAAAACUUAACUGGCAGUGUAUUUUGAUAAUGUCACUGUAGAAAAGAAAAGCAAGAUUAAAAAAGGGAAAACAAAAUAAAGGCUUUUCACU